GUUUUAGGAAAAAUCAUCCAGAAUGUUAAAGGAGCAUGAGAAAGCUCCCGUGACAGUGUUACUGGGAGCUCAGUGGGGUGAUGAAGGUAAAGGAAAAAUUGUCGAUUAUCUGAUUGCGAAAGAUGAGGUGCAAGUUGUUGCACGCUGUCAAGGUGGCAACAAUGCGGGUCACACUGUUGUUGCUAAUGGACGAAAAUAUGACUUUCAUAUUAUACCGUCAGGAAUCAUCACUGAAAAGUGUUUCAACAUAAUUGGUAAUGGCACGGUAGUAAAUUUAGAGUCGUUUUUUGAAGAACUAAACCAUAAUAAAAUUACUAGCAUACCCGGAUGGGAAAAGCGAAUACUGAUUAGUGAUCGAGCACAUCUUGUAUGUGGUAUCCAUAUGCUCGUUGAUGGUCAUUCAGAAGAUCGACUGAAUAUUAAUAAAAUUGGGACGACGAAGAGGGGUAUUGGACCUACAUAUUCUAGCAAAUGUUUCAGAAAUGGCCUCCGAGUUGGCGAUUUAGUUUACGAUUUUGAUGGAUUUACAUUAAAAUUUCGAGAGCUUGUUAAACAUUAUCAAAGGCAGUAUCCUGAUUUGGAGGUUGACAUCGAUCUGGAAUUGACAAAAUUCAAGAAACACGCGAAUAAAUUGAAUGAUCUGGCACUGGUUGGUGAUACAGUAGUGACACUGGAUGAAUUACGGAGCAGCGGCAAAGCUGUACUUGUUGAAGGUGCAAAUGGUACAAUGUUGGAUAUCGAUUUCGGGACUUAUCCAUUCGUAACAUCAUCUAAUGCAACAAUUGGAGGUGCCAUUACCGGUUUGGGGCUUCCGCCAAUGUCGAUCAAGAGAGUAGUAGGCGUUACAAAAGCAUACUCCACUAGAGUUGGCUCUGGACCGUUUCCUACAGAACUGAAAAAUGACAUCGGCGACAAACUACAACGAAUAGGACACGAAGUUGGUGUUACGACAGGUCGUAAAAGACGGUGCGGUUGGAUCGAUUUAGUUCUUUUGAAGCGAGCACAUCUCAUUAAUGGAUUCACAGACAUUGCUUUGACAAAGCUGGAUGUUCUGGAUACAUUUGAUGAAAUCAAGGCAGGCAUCGCUUACAAGCUAGAUAAACAGCUGUUGAAAUCUCCUCCACCGCAAGCUUCCGACUGGGAGAAAGUGGAGGUCGAAUAUCGUACAUUCAAAGGAUGGAACACACCAAUAUUGGAUAUGCGGAGUUUUAAUGAACUACCAGAAAACUGUCGAGUUUACAUUGAAUUUAUUGAGCAGUAUGUUGGAGUACCGGUAAGAUGGAUUGGUGUUGGUGAAGAUCGAGAAGCAUUGAUUCUUCAUGAAUCCUGAAGAGUGGCGCAUCAGCAGUUCAUUGUCAGGGUCAUGUCUCCGUCAUUCUUGAAACAAAUCUCGACCUCAAUAAUCUAUAUUUAUAGCUGUCGAGAUUCUGAAUUAUCAAUGGUUGAUUCCCCAUUUGCAUGCACUUGAUGCGGUUAUAUCUUAGAAUAUUUGCUAACAGUGAAUUAUUUGAAAUCGAUGUCAUCGUAAGGCUGCAUAGCUAUCACAUGUCGUACCGUUAUUUAAAACCCAUUGUUAUAUUGUUCUUGUCAUCUUCUGAAGUUUCAGAUGUUGCAUAUGCAUUAUUCCCCAUGUUGUCUCCUGUUAUUCUCAAAUGUAGCAUGACUGAAUACAAACUUUUAUUUCGAUCUUUUUCUUCU